AUGACGACGCGCGAGCCGUUCGGCGAGGGCGUGCCUUUCGGCGACCCGUCGUGGUACACGACGUUUAAUUCGCCGUAUUACACGAUGUCGCACGCGAAGUUUCGAGACAAGGUGCGAGCGUUCGUGGAGCGGGACAUCGCGCCGUACGUGCACGAGUGGGACGAGACGAAAACCAUACCUCCAGAAGUGUACAGAGCGACGUACGCGGCUGGGAUAUUACCCGCGGUGGUUGGAAAACCGUGGCCGAAGGAUUUGGUCCCCGAGUGCGAGGAACCGGAGCAUUUUGAUUACUUUCAUGAGUUGAUCGUCUUUGACGAAUUCGCGCGGUGCGGGAGCGGCGGCGUACUUUGGGGACUACUGGAGGGCAUACACAUCGGUUUGCCACCAGUUUUGAACUUUGGGAGCGAAGAUUUGCGACGAAGGGUAGGAGCUCCGUGCUUGCGAGGGGAAGGGAUCAUAUGUCUGGCGAUCACGGAGCCGUACGCCGGCAGCGACGUGGCGAACAUUCGGUGCGAGGCAAAGUUGGAUCCGAGCGGGAAGUUUUAUCGAGUGACGGGGGAGAAGAAAUGGAUCACGAAUGGGAUUUGGGCAGAUUAUUUCACCGUCGCGGUGCGCACGGGUGGGCCGGGCAUGGGUGGGAUUUCGCUCCUAGUCAUCGAGCGUUCGAUGCCUGGCGUGGAUUGUCGCCGCAUGGACUGCAUGGGCGUUUGGGCGAGCGGCACCACGUUCAUCACCUUUGAAGACGUGAAAGUGCCAGUCGAGAAUUUGAUCGGCAAAGAAAACGAAGGCUUCAAGUAUAUCAUGCACAACUUCAAUCACGAACGUUGGGGGUUUGUGAUUCAGGCGAAUAGGUUUGCACGCGUGUGCUAUGAGGAAUCGUUCAAGUACGCGCACCGUCGAAGAACGUUUGGUAAGAAACUCAUCGAGCACCCAGUGAUUCGACACAAACUCGCUGAGAUGAUUCGACAAGUCGAGGCGACGCAUUACUUGCUAGAGACCAUCACCUAUCAAAUGAAUACCAUGACGAAGGAAGAAUCUUCGAAAGCGCUUGCGGGUAUCACCGCGUUGGCCAAAGUGCAGAGCACCAAAGUGUUUGAAUUUUGCGCCAGAGAAGCGGCUCAGGUGUUUGGUGGGGCCUCUUACGUCCGGGGAGGUCAAGGUGAAAAGAUCGAGCGGCUCUACCGCGAUGUUCGCGCUUAUGCGAUCCCGGGCGGGAGCGAGGAGAUUAUGCUCGAUUUAGGUGUUAGACAGGCGAUGAAGCAGUGGCAAGUUGCGCAAUCGCGUCUCUAG